ACCUUCUGCCUCCAUCUUGACUUUCGGGAACUUCUCGCGCUCGGCGUUGACGGCGAGCAUAUACUGUACCGUGAUUGAAGCGUCCGGAUCAGCUCCCGCUUAUCGGACCCUAGCGAUCGCAAUCGGUCAGACAGUUCUCGUAAGUCUCCUGGAACGCUUAAGAAACGGCUUUAGUACAGUCCUCAGGCAAACAGCAGGCGGGCCGAAAGACAACGUUAUCCUCGCAUACCGAGGCAGUCAUCUCAGAUCUUAAUUCCGGUUUCCCUCCUGUACUUUUGAGAUUCUGGACAUUGGCGAGGUUCUUUGUCAUACACCAUACCACCUCAUACCCAUACUACUACUCCACUAAAUCUAACAUUCGGAAGUGGACAUAACGAGGUUUCUGCAUAAUUAAAGAACGUUUCGUCGAGGUGAAUACCUGACGCGUUUGCUUCGCUUCUGUCAAGCGCAGAAGCACUCAUGCGAAACGUACGGGUUAUGAAGGGAGACACAUUUAUAGUCGUAACGAGCGACGAUGCAAGGCUUUUUGGCUCAAACAGGAUAGCCAGCAGCGCGCAUGAAGCUCUUCAACGCGGAAAAGCUUGCUUAGGCUGCAGACGUAGGAAAAUGAGAUGUGAUGGCCUGCGCCCGAUCUGCACGCAGUGCAGCAGAAGGAACCGAAUAGAUGACUGCGAAUAUACAGACGAUGCCACAGGACCGACGCGGACACAAAUACUGGAAGAGACACUGGCUCGACUGCAGGCUCGCGUCAAAGAGCUUGAGAAGCUACCUGCUAUCACAGUGUCGGGACCGGCUAUUCCGCUUCACAAACCGUACUGUGCCGAAUCAGCUUCUGCUGUGGACGACGUGGUGAUGAGCCCCAGCUUUUCUGACUCUUCUGAAGGCGAAGUCAAACCUACUAUGAGUGAUCAACCAUAUCCAAUAACAGAGCCUACUUCUAGUUCAUCGAGCCCCCAAUCUGGAGGCUCACAACCCGAUGCUGAAUGGCCAUGGUGGGAGCUUGAUGAGCCACCACAGGAAAUUGCUAACAUGCUAAUACGCCUCUUUCUCCCGAAUUCACACCAAUUAGGCUUUUCGCUGAAUGUCAAGCGAUUUCUUAAAUCACUCGCAGAACCCUCGACACACCCCUCAUAUCCUCAUCCUGGCCUUAUGAAUGCUAUUUACCUCUGGGCACUCCGGCUCUCAUUGGAACCGACCUUGCAAUCCCACGAGAAUGUCUACUUGAAACGAGCAAUAGGCUCACUCCAAAAUAUUGUUGGGGGUGGAUUAGGUGACUUUAGUGAUCCUACGUUUCCGACGAGAGUCUUGCAUGUAAUGCAAGCAGAAGUCCUCAUUGCACAGUACUUCUUCACACAUGGUCGUCAUUUGGAGGGCCGAUAUCACGCAAACGCUGCUGUCUCGCUGGCAGUGAGCUAUGGCUUCCACCGCAUGUCUCCUUCGUCCUGCGGAGCUGCACAGCAAUCACUUCAACCUGGCGUCGGUUCGCCUUUUGGUUUGAUCGCUCAGACUCUACCACCUGUCAAGACAUGUGUUGAGUACGGGGAACGGGUAAAUCUGUUUUGGGCGGUAUAUAAUAUUGAUCGAUGUUGGAGUGUAGUCGGCAAUCCAUGCAUCAUGUCCGAUGACCCCGCCCAUGGAACGCAAAUUGACACGCCUUGGCCAUGGGACAUGCAAGAUUACGAAUUAGCCGAUAUGAAUUCCAGCACGCCCUCGUUUGCCCAGGGUAACAGAACAAUACAACGAUUUCUGUCUGGCGAACCACCUGCACCUGGUGUAGAUGACACUUCGUUUGCCGCUUUACGAGUUAAGGUUUCCGCAAUAUAUGAACGCGUAGCGAAACUUGUCAUGGCCUGGAAAGCAAGUAGUCCUAAUUCUCCGACACGACAGAGCACCGAAAGGGACAUGCGGGCUUUCUCGGAUUUUCUGUUCAAUUUUAUUGCGUCUCUGCCUCCCGUGGAAAAUUUGCAGGACCAAAUCAUGUCAUCCGAUGACCGUAGAACAGUCUACGUUGCACAUGGUCUUGCACACACUUCGGUCAUUGUACUGCACGAAGUAUGGACAGAGGAAGGGGAAGGCAAUCAGGCCGAGUCAGAUAUAUGCCUUGAAUCGGCUUGGCACAUUUCACGGGUACCCAGGGCUGGUGUGGACGUAGGACUGUUGGAUCCAGUGCUUGGAACCACCGGGAUGACACUCGCAUCACUGUUCGUUAGAGAAGUCAUCCGCGCAAGAAAAGCUCCAAAGACCCCAGAAAAUAUCGAACGCUUGAAGAGGAUUGAAGAAGGGAAGGAGUAUCUCAAGGCAACCGCUAUCUUUGGGAAGGGUCGUCCAGUAUACGGACUUCAAGUUCCGAAGAUCCUCGCAAUACUUAAGAAUGGUUGAGAGUGGAAGCGCGAGAAUACACCUUUUUCUUAUGCCACAGAUAUCUUUACGAUGUUUUACGGGAGUUUACUGUACAGUAUCCACUAUUGCUGGUCUCAUGUUUUCCGUGCAUUUGUACUAUGCUAUCUCAAUGUAAUGACUGCAGAGUUC